UUGAGUGAUAAGUGUAUUGGUAAUGCCCAGAAUGGCUGUUCUAUGGAAAGUGGUGGUAAUUGCGGUGGUUAUGAUACAGUUCGUGAAGAGUGUCUUUGGCGAUGAUUUUAUUGAGUUAUCACAGUACCACCGAAUGCCACCGCUGGCCAAGUUUGACGACUAUGAUCUGUGCAUGGAAGACGUCCCCGAAGGCCAGAUAGCAACGUACUGCGUCGCGCGGGUCGUCAUCAAACCGGACAACGGCUCCGACCUGUGGCACUUGAUUGAGGACUUUUCCAAAGACUGGAAACGGCAUCACAACCAUGCUUUGCUGGAUCGGGGAAUUUGUCUGGCACAGUGCAAACAGUUGAUUCAGAGUCUUCCGAAUGCCACCAGACAGGCACUCAAGGUGGACAAGUUUGAGAUCGAUUUUCCGUACAUCGUGGAUGUAACCGUUUUCAAAAAUACUCUGAACGAUCAGAAGCGCUACGGAGACCUGAUCGAGGCUUGCGUCAACUAUGAACUGAAUGCGACCUACCAACUGCGAGGAUACACCGAAAUCGAGAUCUGCGACAGGAAUGAUGAACAGUUUGAAACAGAUUCUUUGGAUUUGUCGUUCCUAAUUGUUACGGCAGUGCUAGUGCUUUUCAUGAUCCUGUCUAGUUGGUAUGAUAAGGCCAUCAACUACAAACAAGAUGUUGUCCAUUACAAAAGCGUGUUGCCGAACAAAAAGCAAUCAUUCCUGGUCUCAUUCUCAAUUCUUCGGAACUGGUACCGCCUGACGUCUCGGUCGGAUGAUCCCCUGAGCAGGGAUCUCCGCUUUUUGCAAGCCAUUCGGUUCCUUACGAUGUACUUGGUCAUAUCCGGGCAUUCGGCGUUCGUCUUCUACAUCCUUCCAACGCAGAAUGCUUCCAAAAAGGAGAUGCUCUACCACAAACUCGGAACCAUGAUCUUCACCGGCGGGGUACAAAUCACGCAAACCUUCCUCGCCAUCAGUGGCUUCCUGCUAACGGUCCUCGUCUUGAACCACGCCGAAAAGCGAAAGUCCAGCCCGGGAAUCCUGUUCCUGCUGAAGGCAACCGUCUACCGGUACGUUCGUCUGACGCCGGUCUACGCGUACGUUAUCCUUCUGCAUGCCACGUGGCUGGUCAGGAUGCAGGAUGGACCCCGCUGGAAGCUGGGAGUGGAAACCGAACGGGCCUUCUGCCGACGGAAUUGGUGGACCAAUCUGCUGUACGUGAACAACUACGUCCACGCUGAUCAACCGUGUGUUCAGCAAGGAUGGUACCUGGGGUGUGAUUACCAACUGUUCAUGCUGGGAAGUUUGCUGAUGAUUCUGAUUAUAAAGUUCCGCAAGUUCACAAACUUUAUUGUCUCGAUUGCAAUUAUACUGGCGUAUCUGAUCCCUGCCUUAUUCAUCUACAUCCAGGAGAUGGAGGGUGUAUUCUUGGUGACACCACAUGCUCAACGUUUCGUGUUAUGGUUUGACCAGUUCUACCAGAAGUCGUACAUUCCAUUACACAUGAAUUUGGGAAACUAUCUAGCUGGAAUGUUGACGGGACUCAUAUACAUCCACCUAAAGAAAAACAACAUCAAUCCUGUUCAGAAAAGGUGGUUCCGCAUCCUGUGGUUCCUGAUCGUCCCACUUGCCAUCGGUAGCCUCCUGAUCCACUACAUCUUCUACGUGAACGACUUCGAGAAGCCGUCGCUAUGGAUAGCUAUCUACUUCCCGGUAAUGAAGUACACCUGGGGCUUUUUCAGUGGACUGUUCCUGAUCGGGUUCGUCAACGGUGUGGCACCGACUAUGAGGCGGAUCUUCCAUCACCGGGUGUUUGAACCGUUGGGUCGUCUGACGUACAGUGCCUAUCUGAUACAUGUGACGGUGAUGAGGCUUUUUGUGCUGAGCAACCGAUCGGCGAUACAUUUUAAUCAUAUUGGAUCGACUGUGGUGACCCUUGCUUCCCUGGCGUUUUCUUACAUGUUAGCAUUGUGCUUGUGCUUGGCUUUAGAACUACCCGUUUCAGCAUUGCAAAAGCUGGCAUUUGGUGGUAUAAAAGAAGAGCCCGAAAAACAAGGCGACACAGAUCCGGUCAAUAACGGAACCAUAAAAGGCGGAACUGAUCCUGUAAGACAUGCACAGAGCUCAGAUACAGGGGCUGUAUGAAAGUCAAAUAAAAACGAAGGUGAAAUAUUAUCCUUGUUGUUU